AUGCCACCAAAGGGCGGAAACGCAAAGAAGGAGUCUGGCCGUGCCAAGAAGGCCGAGAACGAGGCCAAGAAGGCGGCCGAAGUAACCAAGGCCAAGGAUAAGGCCGAGGCGGACAAGUGGAAGGCAGGCUCAAAGGGCGUCUCCAAGGCGGACGUUGAGGCUGCCAAGAAGUCGGAGGCUGCUGCAAAGAAGGCUGACCGGGACCGUCUCCUCGCGGAAGAGGAAGCCGCUGCGCCCGUUAAGAAGAAGGCGCCGAGCGCAAAGGACAAGAAGCUUGCUGCGGAGGCUAAGCUCAAGGCCCAGAAUAUUAGCAUUGCAGCUGCGUUCCGGACCGACGAUCCCGCUGGUUUGCGGCGUGAUGAGGAUCGCAAGGUCGACGAGUUGAGCGCGACAGGUAUCGAGGGGAUGCUGGAGGCGCUUGAGGUCGUUAAUGCCAAGACGAGCGACCAGGCUAUGGGCUCAAAGGCCGGCGAGAUCGAGCGACACCCCGAGAAGCGGUACAAGGCUGCGUUUGCGGCCUACCUCGAGCGUGAGAUGCCCAAGCUCAAGGAGGACCACCCUGGACUGCGGCAGAACCAGAUGCGUGAGGUACUUCACAAGCAGUUCCAGAAGGCACCGGAGAACCCGUUCAACCAGGUUAGCGUUGCGUAUAAUGCUAGCAAAGAUGAUCGACUGGACACGCUCAAGAAGACGAUGAAGGCGCGCGAGGACAAGUAUCGUGUUGAUAGCGAGUAG